AACUUGUUUUUUCAUUUAUAUUUUUAUUCUGUUCUUAGCCGCAAAAACACUUUUUGCCAAAAUCAUCGUAGAAGGGUCCUCAAUACCAUGCGACAUUGGUAGCGGUAUCGAUUUGGAGCAAAAACUUCCGCAGUGGUAUGAUGAAGCGAAGUUCAAAAGAGGACAAAAAUACUUCUUCGACAACCGCUUUGGAAUGAUGCAGGCCAACUACUGCGGACUUGUUUCGCUGUUAUGUGAUCCAAAGGGCUUGACCAUUCUGCACAACACUGGACGGUCCAGCACUGCGGAAACAGCCCGCAAACGAUACAUAUCAACCACCCUCCAUAUGUUGUCAUGGUAUGAGAUUGAUCUGUCUCCAGGCUCCAAAUCAUGGGACUCUCUGGUGCGGGUGCGCAAAAUGCAUCUGAACGCUUCAAAACGUUCGCAGGAAAAGGAAAUCGGAUUCAUCACGCAAACCGAAGUGUCGCUAACCGUUUUCGGAUUCCUUGGCUAUGCACUGAUUCGUCCACAUCUGCUGGGCAUCCGCUACGAUAACGACGAUGAUCGGGAGGGUUUCGUGCACUUCUGGGCUGUGGUUGCUGCCAUGUUGGGCGUUCACGACCGAUUCAACAUUUGUCUUCCAAAGUUGGCAGUGGUAGAGAUGAUUUGCAAAAUAUGUCAGAGAUACAUAUUUAUGCCGUUGUUGCAAAUUGAAACGACGUUGUUCAGGUCCAUGGUUCAAGCCAUAGUAGAUGGUUUGAGCGAAUUUACGCCGUUCAACUCAUACGAAAGCCUUAUGUACUUUGUGCGACGCGUUGCUGGAAUUCCUGGAUACCAACACAACGUAGACCUGAAGAAGGAAACUGUAUGUCGAAAAAUUUUCAGCAAGGAAGAGAUGACCAACAUGAGGAAAGUGUUUGAAGGAAAGCCAGGAUACGAAUACAUGGAACAGUCUGUGAUCGACGACAGGAUACUUCUGUUCAACAUCAAACAAGUGAACGGAGCAAUAGAGCUAAAUCAAGAUUCCUUAGAUAACAAUCUAGUGAGUGGUGUUUACAAUAAGCUCAAUGACCAACCAAUCAGCAAAAAUUUUCUGAUUGAACUUUUGGGGCUAAAGCACAACGAAGAGCUGGUCAUUGAAGCUGUCAAAAACGAGGAAGAUUGGAUCAGUAAUUUGAACGAUUCGAAACUAGAACUGUUGUCCGACAAAGAUCUGAGAUAUUUCAAGUUCAAGUGUAGACUGAUGGAGAAAAAUUACACGCGCAUCGGCAAUUUUCUUAACGAAUCUAUGCUCAGUUGGAUGCUUUAUCGUAUGAGGAAAGCUCAUAGUAGUCAAUAGUGUCAAUAAAAUUAUGUGAUUCUUUUGAAAAAAAAAAAUAGUGCUUAUUUGGCACAUGUGUAAUACUUAGACUACACAUGUGUGGGGAUUUGGAGUACGUUUUCAAUACAAUAAUAAUGUGAUAAUUCUUAUGAGCAAUAAAGACAUAUUUUAAGUGA